AUGGGUCGCUGCCUGCUGCUGCUGCACCUGCUGCUCAUCCUGUGCUCACAGCUGGACCUGCUCCAAGGUGAGGCGCUGGGGAGCAGUGGAGGGCAGUGGGGACUGACGAGGAUCCGGGAUCUGGGGGAGUGGUGCUUUCCAGCUCCAGGACCCCAGCAUACGGGUGUUGCAAGGCGAGUGUGCCCCGUGGGCCCCAGUCAGAGUCGCAGGUGUGUGCAAGAGCAGCCCACAGCCUGUGCGGGUGAAUCAGGCUUCCUCCCUGACUUACCCCCCCUCCUCCCUCUGAUCUCAUCCUACCCUCCUCCAUCCCUGGGAGUCGAGGGGGAUCUUGUUUGUGCUCCUCCCAGGUAUGAGCCAAGCACCCAGAAAUCCCCAGCUUUCAGCCACGUCAUCGGGCCUGGGAACCGGCCACUGUCCAGGCUGGGAGUCGCCCAGAGGGUGUGCUCGCUCCUGACCCGUGGGAACGCAGGGCCCAGAGAGCCUCAGGAUGCUCAUUUUCUCUUUCCAGCUCUGCAAUGUUUCCAGUGUAAACAAGUCAAUGCCAAUGGGGUUUGCGAGGAUGGGAAAAGUACCUGCCAGGCUGAAGGCAACCAGCAAUGCUUUCUGAGGAAGGUCUAUAAAGAUAACAUCCUUUCGUACGGAUACCAAGGUUGUAGCAGCGUGUGUUCCCCUAUGACGAUCUUUAGUACGGAUGUUAAUUUGGAGGAGAAAUGUUGCAAUGACUCAUCUUUCUGCAACAAGUUCUAAAGAUGGGGCCCAGCUUCGCCCUAACCUGCUAGAGGAGGCUGAUUCAACACACUUUUCAACUCUCACGAUCUUUACAACUACUGUGCGCUGACCACAGGUUCCCCAGAGGGGACCUGACACAACCUGCUAGUUGUGUGCUAGGCCCAGUCACCCUUCUCUUUGCCUCAUUGUGAGAUGUCACCGGGAGAGUCUUUAACAUCCAACCUGGGUGAAGAGUGGUGGGCACCAGUAGGUCCAAGCAUGAUUUCUUCCUUUCAAAAUCCUAAUGACGAGUCACAUUGAUUUUCACUUUAAAAAGGCAGGGUCUGUGGGAUACUGUGGGGUCUGUGAUUCUGGGUGUUCUGGAGGCAGCCAACUGAAGGAAGAGGGAGAGUCCUCAGAAGCUCAAAAGCAUAGGCAAUGAGUUGGCUGUAAAUGAUGUCUUAGGUGGUGGUGAGCUGCUGUAACAAGAAUCUCUGAAAUGUUGAUGUCUUAAAACAGUAAUAAUAAUAAAUGA